UAUACACACGCAGAAAAACUGUGUGCCUUUAAUAACGCCCUCCCCUUUUUAUGCCAUUUUCUUUCCUGCCUCAAUAUCCACCCUUCUCCACCCCCUCCUUUUGCGCUCUGGUUGCUAUGACAACAGCAGCACUGCAGCAUUCAUCUACUGGAGACCUAGGCUCCUUUUUUUUUUCUGUAGAGAGAGUGCGCCUCUCACAUCUAUACAUAACUCACUAAGAGCUAAUGCAGUCACAGAGUCGAAGCAGGAGCUCACCUCACUCUGUGCACGCUGGAAAACACCCUGUGUUGUUUGGCUUGCUUUGUUUUGUUUUUUUUACCUGUGUUUUUUUUUUGGUGAUGGCACAGGUUUAGGUCACCUGUCAUCUCCCCCUGGUGGAUUCUGCCAUCACAGAGUUUUCACCUCUGUGUCUCUCUCUUUCCCCAGUGACACAGUGACUGUUACAUUCCUCCUCGCCUUUUCCUCCCUCUAUCCUCUUCCUCCUCCUCCUCCUCCACCUCUCACUCUUCCUGUCACUGCCAUAUCCGCCUGGCUCCGUAUCAUUUGCUGCGCCUGCACUGAGCGAGUAGCAUCACCACUGAAACCUGUGGAGAUUUCUUCAGCGGACAGAGAGGAGCUCUUUCCUUCCUCUGCAUUAAUCCUCUUCUUCACUGCGUUGUUUUUUGUAAUUUAAUUUUCAUUUGCUCGUUCAUUUCGCUCUUGGUGUUUUUUAAUGAGCUGGUCACCGCUCAGGGGGGACGGACUGCUUGUGUCGCUGGAAGGGGAAGGAGGGGAGUUGGUUCCGUACUCCAGCCUUCAGGAAUGCGAGAUCUGGUUUGAGAAUGCCCCUCUGCGGAAAGCAAAGUUUGUGGAGAGCCCUCGCAUUCCACAAUCAGAGCUUGGCUUCCCUACAAACACCUCCACCACUGCCAGGAAUCCAGACCUGGACACAUAUUUCCCUGGGGAGUCAAGCCAGGAGCUGGGGCCCCCUCCAUCGGUGGAUGAGGCUGCCAACACAUUGAUGACGCGGUUGGGUUUCCUUCUGGGAGAUAAAGUGAGUGAGGGGCCAGUUGGUACCCAUUACAGCAUGGAGGAACCCGAGGCAAGACAGAGCCAUAACCAGAGGAUUAGUCCCUGCUCAACCCUGACCAGCAGCACUGCCUCCCCACCUGCAGGCAGCCCCUGCUCCACCCUCCCCCCCUCCAUGCCAGGCCAGUCCGGGAACAAGGACUGCGCCUAUGGAUCCGUCACCAGUCCCACCUCCACGUUGGAGAGCAGAGACAGCGGGAUAAUUGCCACGCUUACCAGCUAUUCGGAGAACAUGGAGCGAGGCGGGAAAUACGGCGAGGGCUUGCGGGGCAAUCUCAAACUCUGGCAGUCCCAGAAAUCAGGCAUGGACUCGUUUCUGUACAGGGUGGAUGAAAACAUGACCGCAUCCACCUACAGCCUCAACAAAAUCCCUGAGCGCAGCCUGGAAAGCAUGUCCUCCCACUCUGCCCACUCCAUCCCUCUGUACCUCAUGCCCCGUCCCAAUUCAGUGGCUGCCACCAGUUCAGCCCACCUGGAGGACCUGGCAUACCUGGAUGAGCAGAGGCACACACCCCUACGCACCUCGCUGCGAAUGCCGAGACAGAGCACCACCUGCGGGCCGGGGCGCUCUGGGCCGGACCUGAGAGCUUCUGCAAAUAACACCCAUGCCUGGCAAUCCCAGUCACUGCGUUUUGCACCCUAUCGACCUCAAGACAUCGCUCUCAAACCGCUGCUCUUCGAAGUGCCCAGCAUUACCAUGGACUCGGUCUUCACUGGACGUGAGUGGCUCUUCCAAGAGAUUGAUGUCCACCUCAACAGAUCACACACCAGCAUCAGCCAAGGCGUCGUGAUCGUGGGCAACAUCGGCUUUGGCAAGACGGCCAUCAUCUCUCGCCUGGUCGCACUCAGUUGCCACGGCACCCGCAUGAGGCAGAUUGCUUCCGACAGCCCUCAGGCCUCACCCAAACAUGGAGAGGGGCUCCCUCUCACGCAGCCACAGCCCACGCACGGCACCCUGGGAGGAGGCAGCUGCCCUGGAACCCCCGAGAUGAGGCGGCGUCAGGAGGAAGCCAUGAGGAGGCUAGCAUCUCAGGUGGUGGCGUAUCACUACUGCCAGGCGGAUAAUGCCUACACUUGCCUGGUGCCAGAGUUUGUGCACAAUGUUGCAGCGCUGUUGUGCCGCUCGCCACACCUUUCAGCCUAUAGGGAGCAGAUGCUGAGGGAGCCACACCUGCAGAGCACCCUGAGCCUGCGCUCUUGUGUCCAGGACCCCCUGUCCUCUUUUAGGAGGGGAGUCUUGGAACCUUUGGAUGCACUUUACAAAGAGAGGAAAAUCAGCUCUGAGGAGGACCUCAUCAUCCUCAUCGAUGGCCUAAACGAAGCAGAGUUCCACAAACCCGACUACGGAGACACCAUCGUGUCCUUCCUUACCAAAACAAUAAACAAGUUCCCUCCUUGGCUCAAGCUCGUGGUCACAGUCAGGACCACGUUGCAGGAGAUUACCAACGCACUGCCGUUUCACCGCAUCUCCCUGGACAGCCUGGAAGAGAACGACGCCAUUGACCAGGACCUGCAGGGCUACAUCCUGCACCGCAUCCACAGCAGUCCAGAGAUCCAGAACAACAUCUCGCUGAAUGGCAAGAUGGACAACACCACCUUCGGGAAACUCAGCGGGCACCUCAAAGCUCUGAGCCAGGGAUCCUAUCUGUACCUCAAACUCACCUUUGAUCUUAUUGAGAAGGGCUACCUUGUACUCAAAAGCUCCAGCUAUAAGGUGGUUCCGGUAAAUCUGGCAGAGGUGUACCUGCUGCAGUGCAACAUGCGCUUCCCCACGCAGUCGUCGUUUGAGCGGGCUCUUCCGCUGCUUAAUGUGGCCUUGGCAUCGCUUCAUCCUCUGACGGACGAGCAGAUUUAUCAGUCAAUCAACGCUGGUUCUCUGGAGGGAACACUGGACUGGGAGGACUUCCAACAGCGUGUGGAUAAUCUAUCAGUCUUCCUGGUGAAAAGAAGGGACGGUACCAGGAUGUUUGUCCACCCCUCCUUUAGGGAGUGGUUGAUCUGGAGAGAAGAGGGAGAAAAGACAAAGUUCCUGUGUGAUCCAAGGAAUGGACACACCCUGCUGGCUUUCUGGUUUUCUCGACUGCAGAACAAGCUGAACAGACAGCAGACUAUUGAGCUCGGACAUCACAUCCUCAAAGCACAUAUCUUCAAGGGCCUUAGCAAGAAAGUUGGCGUUUCCUCAUCCAUCUUGCAAGGUCUGUGGGUGUCCUACAGCACAGAGGGUCUUUCGGCUGCACUUUCCUCACUCAGAAAUCUCUACACCCCCAACAUCAAGGUGAGCCGACUUCUGAUGCUCGGUGGUGCCAAUGUCAACUAUCGGACCGAGGUGUUGAACAACGCCCCCGUCCUGUGUGUCCACUCCCACUUGGGAUACAUGGACAUGGUGGCCCUCUUGUUGGAGUUUGGCGCCUCGGUCGAUGCUCAGUCUGAAAGCGGCCUAACACCGCUGAGCUAUGCCGCCGCAGGGGGAAACAUGGCCAUUGUGACUGCGCUCUGUCGCAGAAGGGCAAAGGUUAACCAUCUGGAUAAGAACGGCCAGUGUGCUCUAGUUCACGCUGCCCUGCGAGGCCACAUGGAAGUAGUGAAGUUUCUCAUCCAGUGUGAUUGGAGUGUGGGGUCACAGCCGCAGCAGUCACCACAGAUCCAACAGCAGUCUGCCUUCACUAAGAGUCAAGCAGUGCAGCAGGCUCUCAUCGCAGCAGCCAGCAUGGGGUACACUGAGAUUGUGUCCUACUUGCUGGACCUGCCUGAGAAAGAUGAAGAGGAAGUGGAGCGAGCUCAAAUCAAUAACUUUGACACCCUGUGGGGGGAGACAGCUCUGACGGCGGCCUCAGGACGGGGGAAACUGGAGGUCUGUCGCCUGCUGCUGGAACAGGGAGCAGCUGUGGCUCAACCGAACAGACGAGGCAUCGUCCCCCUCUUCAGCGCCGUCCGACACGGACACUGGCAGAUUGUGGACCUCCUGCUGACACACGGAGCAGAUGUCAACCUGGCAGAUAAGCAGGGUCGCACACCUCUGAUGAUGGCUGCCUCAGAAGGUCAUUUAGGAACUGUUGAGUUUUUGCUUGCUCAGGGAGCUUCUCUGUCUCUGAUGGAUAAGGAGGGUCUGACCGCUCUAAGUUGGGCGUGUCUAAAGGGCCACUUAGAUGUCGUUCGCUACCUGGUGGAAAGCGGCGCCGCCACUGACCAUGCUGACAAGAAUGGACGCACACCUCUAGACCUUGCAGCGUUCUAUGGCGACUCAGACGUGGUUCAGUUUUUAGUUGACCACGGGGCCAUGAUAGAGCACGUGGACUACAGUGGGAUGCGUCCUCUGGACAGGGCGGUGGGUUGCAGAAACACAUCGGUGGUGGUCGCGCUGCUCAAGAAAGGAGCCAAGAUAGGAUGUCAGACGCUGCCCAGUCGACCCAGAGGUCCAGCAACGUGGGCCAUGGCCACCUCCAAACCCGACAUCAUGAUUAUCCUGCUCAGCAAGCUCAUCGAGGAGGGGGACAACUUCUACAAGAAGGGGAAGGUGAAGGAGGCAGCUCAACGUUAUCAAUACGCUUUGAAAAAGUUUCCGCGGGAAGGCUUCAGUGAGGACCUCAAGACGUUCAGAGAACUAAAAGUGUCCCUCUUCCUCAACCUGUCCCGAUGUCGCAGGAAAAUGAAUGACUUUGGGAUGGCUGAGGAAUUUGCUACCAAGGCACUUGAACUCAAACCAAAAUGCUAUGAGGCAUAUUACGCCAGGGCGCGUGCCAAACGAAACAGCAGACAAUUUGCUGAAGCCUUAGAGGACCUGAAUGAAGCCAUAAAACAGUGCCCCAACAACCGAGAAAUCCAGCGGCUACUCCAGAGGGUGGAGGAGGAAUGUCACCAGCUCAACCAGGAGGACCAGCAGCAGCAGGAACUGGAACUGGAGCCUCCACCCUCCCCUCCUCCUACGCCUCCCCCAGAAGAGGAGGAUAUCCUGUCAAUGCCUCUUCCACCUCCCCCAGAGCCCCGUCUGGAGGACAUGGAGCCUGUCCAGGACCUGUUUGAGGAUGAGGACUACCUUGAACAGGAGUUGGAGGCCAUGUCAAUUAAUCUGCCCCCACCUGACUCUCACAGCAACCCCUCCAGUCUUCCAGUCAUUCAAAGCCCACCACUAUCCCCAACACAUUCAGAUCAACUUUACAUGGUUGGAGGCUCACCAAUGGGCCAGCCCUAUGAGUACCACCCCACCUCCUCCUCCAUGUCCUCCCCGACUCGUGGUACAUACCAAACAACAUCCCCCUCUCUGUCCCCAACGCAUCAGAACUCCCACUACCGACAUAGUCCUCCUCAUACGUCUCCAGUUCACCAGUCCUCCUACCGCUACAGCCCACCCCCUAUGGGCACUGGGGGUCAGGGGAUGGACCAGAGCCCUCCCCCUUCCCCUUUACGUCGAGCUGCUCAAUACAGAGCCAGCCCGCCACUAGAAAGCGUUUGCAUGUACAGGUCCCAGUCUGGGUCACCUGUACGCUACCAGUCAGAGCAGCUACCUGGGCGACCCAAAUCUCCUCUUUCUAAGAUGAGCAGCCAGCGUUCAUUCCAGCUGAGUUCACAGCCUUCUCUAUCUUCACACCACCACCAAGCUCAAGGUCUUCGCCUCCAGCCUUCAAUCGCCCAAAUAGUCCGUACAAACCAGCCUAGCAACGUGAUGGGUAAUAGCAGCUUUGGCGGCCAGUUAGGCCACUCCAUUGGUGGCCGAUACCAAGGAGGUUCGGUUGACGUGGAGAGCCGCUUGGUAUACCAGCCCUCCCUAGAUGGACGGUCUAUGCCCCAAGUCCAGGCCAGUCUCAGCUCUGGGGCCCUCUGUCAGCACGGUGGCCGAGGAGGGGUUAUGGAGUCAAACCUGUUAAAAGAUGAGCUACCCCAGCGCCCCUCCUCUGCGUACCGCGCCAGCAGCGGGGGCCCGGGGGGCAUCAGAUAUAGCCAGACACCUCAGAUAAGCCGCAGUCAGUCAGCUGCCUACUACCCGGUCUCUGAGCACGUUCUGGAACGGGCCAAUGCCAUGCCUCCCUGUCAGCUGGGCUCUCCUGAGAUCUCCCAUAUGAUGAGACGCCCGGUCAGCGCCAACACAACAGAGAUGAAGCAGCAUGUACCCACCCCCAGGCCUCUCAUCCAUUCUCAGAGUGUAGGCCUGCGAUUUUCCCCCUCUAGCAACAACAUCUCAACUGGAUCUACAUCCAAUUUAGGACCAGGCUUCAGACCUUCCUCUUCCAUUCAGCAGAUGGAGAUUCCCUUACAGCCCACGUAUGAACGCAGCUGUGACGACAUCUCCCCUAUUUCCCCUCCACAGGGUGGUGGGGGGCUGUAUCAAGGCGAGAGCACCCGCUCUAGAAACACUCCAUUUAUGGGCAUCAUAGACAAGACCGCACGGACUCAGCAGUACCUUCAUCAGCCCUCUCGGUCCAGGGCUAUGACAUCCAUGGAUUCCGCUAUUAGUCCAACCUCGCCUGGACAGCUGGUCCAGCAAGGCUCCACCUACAGUCCCCCACCCUCGUUGGGCAAUAUAGCCUACUACAACAAGACCAACAACGCCCAAAAUGGUCACCUGUUGGAGGAGGACUACUACUCCCAAACCCCUUCACUGGGCAAGCUGGCUAACGGCUCCCGUGGAGGUGGCGAUAUUCUGGAACGGGUCAGCCAGGUGCCCACCUAUCCAGACGUGAAAGUGGCGAGGACUCUGCCUGUUGCACAAGCCUACCAGGACAACAUGUACCGCCAGCUUUCACGCGACUCCCGAACCCAAGGCCCCACAUCCCCCAUCAAACCAAAGAGACCAUUUGUGGAGUCGAAUGUGUGAUGGGCUGUUUGUGACUGGAUGGUUGGACUUAGUGAAGGAGAGCGUGGAAGGAUAUUUAUCUAGACAGCUAAUCUGUGUAUGUGUCAUGGACAAACUUAUUCCAUGGAAGUCACAAGGGAAAUUCCAGAGGAACAUGCAGCUGGCUCCAUUUAGUAAACUAGCGAUCAUCCUGGAAAAACACCAUAGACGUGAUUAUUUCAUUAUCAUAUUCUGCACACAGGUUAAAUGAUAGGAGGGUUCUGGGAUCUCAUUCUCAGUCAAAGACCGUUGCACUUCCAAAACAUGGCAUGGCACAAAGUUCCCACAAGUGACUUUAAUGAAUGGAACUGAAAGAGAACCCAUAAGACUCUACUGUGGACUCCUUUCCAUCUUCUUUUCUUUCAGAGUGUGCUCUUAAUCAAGUUUGCUGUUAGGCGCUAUGAUAUAAAAUACAGUUCUAUCUGUUCAGAAAAAUACAAAUGGCUCAUAACUCAUUACAUAUAGAAAAAAAUUACAAUAUUUAUAAAGAAGCUAUAUAUUGUACAUAGAAAUAAAGCAAAACAUAGUUUGCAUUUUAAAUUGACUUACGUUUGCCUCUGCUAGUCAUAUGGAUGUGGAAAACCGGCCACUGUAAGGAAGGAAUGAGGAAGUCAGACCAACUUUGACGCAUAAUUACCUCUUUUUGUGUCUUUUUAUCGCACAAGAUGGCAAUACCCUGCAGAUUUCUUUUUACAAAAGGGCGGAAACAUUUUUUUUAAAUGUUUCACUCAUCUUUCAGUCUUCUCAUCUGUUAAAUCUUUCAGAAUGUUUUCUUUUUUUUUUUCAGCAGUUUUCUCGAAUGUUUAGUUGUCUGAUAAAAACAUACCACUUUGUUCAAUUAGAUCGGGAAUUGUGACAUUCUGUGAGUCAUUUCCAUUUGUUGUAACCUUUAUUUAAAGAAAACAAAAAAAAUGGUGAAGUCCUGCCCAUAUAAAGCAAGAGUUCUUAAACCUCCAAAAACUUAAGGCAUAGAAAUAGAUCUAGCAGACGAGUUAUAAUUUAAUUCUUGACAUUUCUUCAGCAUUGGAGGCUUUUUGGAGUAUUUUGUGGUUGCCAAAACUGUCAAACCGCUCAGAAAUAAGGCACACUGUGCCAAAAAGAGGGGUGGAGAGUUGAUUCUCCAUCUUUUUGGUAUAUUUCCAAACUGAAGGAGAUAUUAUUCUAAUGUGGGAAACUGGUAUUCAGCGUAUCUUUGAAGAAGCACACGUACACUAAGCUGCAAACCGUAUAUCUAGAUGUCUUUACCUCAUUUAAGACUGGUAAAACAUACCAAAUACAUCAUUUUAACCAAAAGUAGAUCUAAGUUUUUGAUGUCUUUUCUUUAAAAAAUUAUUACUUUAAAAACGACUUUUUAUGUUGUGUUUUUUGUGAUUUAUAAAGUACCAACGCCUUUAUAUUCUUGUCUAUUAAGACUAUCUGUUAACACCAUAUUUGCUAAAUAAUACAGUAUAGACGGGAUGAAAUGGAUGAUAUGAAUAAGUCCAGGUUUGCACAAAUGACUGUGCUACUCAGAAAAGGAUGGUGCAAUAACUAUCUUUGGGCCUAAAGAUUGUUAACCCUCAUUUAUUUAAGUACUUCUGUGAACAGAAAGCUGUCAUGAGGGGUUUUAGUUGGUUUUUUCAUCUGUGUCAGAGUUGCCUUUCUUCCUCCUUUGCGUAGUGAUGGGUAAGAACUCAGCAGCUGCAAGCAAGCAAAUUCAUAACCCUUUGUUUAAGGUUUUGAUUCCUUUUUCAGUUUAUCCUCACAUUGCAUUUUUUCCAAUCAUUUCUGCUCAAAGAAGGCUUCGCUUUUAACUAAGGUUGCACUUUAUGUAUGAAACAUAAUGCUCUGAUGGCUGAAUUGGAAGAAAAUGUGUGCGUGAUGGGUCAUGUGUCUGAGUGCUGAUGCAUGACUUUUGUAAACACUGGUGGUUUGCAACACAACACAGAAAUGGAUUACCGUUAAAACCCAAAACAAAUGUUGAUCAUCUGCAGACUCACUCUAGCACAACUUAAAGAAACUGGCUCAGAUAUUUCUCUCCGUCCAGCUUGGGUUUGUUGUGUCUCUUUAGGUGCCAAUCAUUUGUCAUAAAAUCUCUGGAUCAACCAGUGUGAUACACCACUAUUGAGCACAUUUGAAAAAAUAGUCAAACUACUGCAAAAAAAAA